AGCUGCAGCAGCAAUGGCCACCAGCAGUCUAGCCAGAUGUGCCACCUGUGACGCGCAGCAGCAGCUUUGAAUUCCUGCCACCUAACAUGUCUGAGCUGAGGGUUGUUCUGCUGGGGAACAACUGGUCUCAGAGGAGUUCAGUGGGGAACUUCAUACUGGGAGAGACUAAGUUCAACACUAAAGGAGAACCAGACAACUGUCUGAGAGUCAGAGGACGUUUGAAGGAGAAAGAAAUAGUUCUGAUCAACACACCUGAUCUGCUGCAUCCCAGGAUCUCACAACACAGACUGAGAAGACCUGUAGAAAGGUGUGUAAGACUUUCUGAUCCUGGACCUCAUGUGUUCCUGCUGGUUCUACAGCCUGAAGCCUUCGAUGAGAAAGGCAGACUGAGGCUGUGCACAAUCCUCAAAUAUCUCAGUGAUCGAUCAUUUGAUCACUCACUGGUGCUGAUAUCAACACCAAGAGACAAGAGUCCAGGUUUCAUGGAAAAAUACAUGAACCAUCCGACCUUAAAGGAGAUGAUCAGAAAAUGUUACUACAGGUUUCUGUGGAGGAAAAACCUUGAACUUCCAGAGCUGUUAACUCGCCUGGGUCAGGUUGCGAAAGAGAACAAUGGAGAGCAUCUGAGUUUAAGAGAGCCAGACAUGUCACACAUGAUGUUCAGCAGCAGCUUUGGAUUCAUGCUAUAUGAAAUCUCUCAGAUGAUGUCCUGUGUGGACGAAGCUGAUCUGCAACAUGAAAUCUCACAUCUUAAAGAGAUGAUGUCUGAGAUGUCUGACGUGAUGUUUGAGAUGAUGAUCAGUGGGUACGAAGAUGAGUGGCAACAUCAUAUGUUACUUAGCCGAGUGGCUAGAAUGUCUCGGGCAAUAUGGGUUUUGGACAAAAGUGAUCUGCAACAUCACAUCGCACAUCUUGAAGAGAUGAUGUCUCACAUGAUGUUUGAGAUGAUGAGGCAACCUCACAUGUUUCGUCAUCAAGAGCCAGAUGUGUCAUCUCUGACGCACAGCAGCAGCUUUGAAUUCCUGCCACCUAACAUGUCUGAGCUGAGGGUUGUUCUGCUGGGGAACAGCUGUGUUGAGAGGAGUUCAGUGGGGAACUUCAUACUGGGAGAGACUAAGUUCAACACUGAUGAAGAACCAGACGACUGUCUGAGAGUCAGUGGACAAUUGAAGGGGAAAGAAAUAGUUCUGAUCAACACCCCAGAUCUGCUGCUUCCCAGCAUCUUACAACAGAGUCUGAGAAGACCUCUAGAAAACUGUGUGAGACUCUGUGAUCCUGGACCUCAUGUGUUCCUGCUGGUUCUACAGCCUGAAGAUUUCACUGAGGAACACAAACUGAGGCUCUGCAGAGUCCUGAAACUCUUCAGUGAUCGAUCAUUUGAUCAUUCACUGGUUCUGAUAUCAACACCCAGAGAGGAGAGUCCAGGUUUCAUGGAAAAAUACAUGAACCAUCCGCCCUUAAAGGAGAUGAUCAGAAAAUGUCACUACAGGUUUCUGUGGAGGAAAAACCUUGAACUUCCAGAGCUGUUAACUCGCCUGGGUCAGGUUGUGAAAGAGAACAAUGGAGAGCAUCUGAACUUAAGAGAGGAAGAUAUAUCACACAGGAUGCUCAUCAGAAGAUCCUAGAUGACUGGAACAGAAACAGAGUUGAACACUUUCACAUUUGCUGGAGUGAUUGUUUCAGCCCACUGUUUGCAUGUGAUUGAAACAUUUGAUAAAAUGUCAUAUCGCAUGUCCUCAUUUAU